AUCUAAUAUAGGUAUUAUGUGCGUAGUGUGAUAUCCAAUACUGAUUAUUAAACCAUCCGGUGGACAAUUGUUAUGCUGAUAAGAAAAUAAGCAAUCCACACCAUAUGCUAUCGCAGUGGCUUUCAACUCAACCAUCGAGAAAACUUACGGAGGAAAAAUUGUCGGAGCACGGAACGUUAUGGCACAGAUUAAUACCAAUCUCGGAUGUUAUUAACUUUCUAUGGAAUUCGACGAUCAAUCGACAACAACGUACGAAAGGCGUAAUUACGAGCGUAAUUCGAAAAAACGAAACCUACACCAACACACGUACCGGUUGCUACUUAAUUGCUGUAACGCGUGCUCUACUCUGCACGCGUUACGUGUAUUUUCAUAGCACGCGCACUCUGCAAAUCUUCGCCUGGUCGAACCUUCCACGAACGCGUAAAAAAUCCACGAUCUACGCGCGACAAAACGAAUUCUACUUCUCGCCAAGUAAACGAAUUACUUCCUCGCCACGGACAUUUCCUUCCUGCAGUUGCCGUAGCGAUAAGACAGCCUCCGCCGAUCAAUCUGCCCCUUUGUUCUGCCAGUAAAUUAUCUCGAGCCAGAAGCAACGCGAUUGAAUCGCUGCGUUGAUCGAUGAUAAGCUGCGACCAGAUCGCCUAUUCGCGUACUCGCACAGGGAGGAGUAGGGUGAGAUUGCGCGUUACCCGGAAGUGGCAGGGAUAUUGGUGUCGGUGAUACGCGUCCGUAGCCGAUGGAGAAAUAAGAAGAAACGCGGGAAACAGAAAGCGAAACGGGCGCAGCGAAGGUUUAGGCGGUGAGACAGUAUCGGCAGUCCCGUGGAAGAAAAGCGGCGAUAGUAGAGCGAGCAAGCGAGAAAGAAGUUUCGGCGAAAGGGGGGUGGGGGUUGUGAAAUGCAAGCAAGGAUGCAGAGGUGGUGUGGCAGGCGAAUCAGGACCAGUUUCAGGUCUGCGCUCACGUCAUAUCCACGUUGCUACGUGCUGUCGACGGAUCGGAAUAGAAGGAAGAAGAAGAAGAAGAAGAAGAAGAAGAAGAAGAAGAGGUGGAGAAACGGAGGAGUAGCGUGUUUUGGGCCAUUGUGCUUUAAUCGAGGGUUUAGAGGCGGAGGAAGAAGAAAGAAAAUAAAAAAUUAAAAAAGGACCAUGUUUCUUCGAGUGUUUUUCCUUUUGUUGGUCAGUGUGGUGACCUUGAGCAGGGCACAGUUUCGGUGUCCCGAGCCGAAGGGUUUCUUCUCGGAUCUGGAACAGUGCGAUCUUUAUUACGUUUGCAUAGACGGCAAGGCGGAGGAGAAGCUGUGCAAAGACGGUCUCGUCUUCAGAGACGACAACCCUAAGAAGGAACUCUGUGAUAUUCCAGCUAACGUGCCUUGCGGAGACAGGACUCUCCUUCAGGAGCCACAGCCGAGCAAAGGAUGUCCACGAGCUAAUGGCUACUUCAAACACGAGGAUCCAACCGCUUGCGAUCGUUUCGUGAAUUGCAUCGAUGGCGUGGCGCAAAUAAUGCCCUGUCCGCCUGGUCUGAUCUACGAAGACAAAAUGUCUAGCUGUGUCUGGCCGGCAGAUGCCAGCAGAUUGUGCGAGAACGUGAAGAGAGACGUUCUCGACGAUGGAUUCGUCUGUCCCGAUGGCGAUGUGCCUGGACCACUCGGCAGGAUUCUACCCCAUCCUACCUAUCCUCAUCCGGAGGAUUGUGCCAAGUUCUACAUUUGCAAAAAUGGCGUGGUGCCACAGAAAGGACAAUGCGAGCCUGGUACCGUUUACAGCGAGGACAGCUUCAAGUGUAUGGAUCCGGAGAGCGUACCUGGAUGCGAAGACUACUACAAAAACAAGAACUGAAUAAAGACAAGGUGCCAGUUACUCAGCGAUCACGUCUGUAACGCUUAAUUUUUUACACUUAGGAACAAUAAACCCGUGAUACACUUA